AUGCUAUCUCACUGCACCCGGGCGCGUACUUAUUCCACGGGAUUGCAUGGGAAGCAUUUUCCCGAGGUCAUUGCGAGGUCUGGGGUCGGAAUCACUGCUGGUAUCGUCGACGCCGGGUAUGAAGGUGCUCUAGGCGCCUUGAUCGAAGUCAAGAAUCCCCACGGGGUCGUUCUGUAUCAAAACGCCAAGCUCGCCCAGAUUGUAUUUGAGGAAUUGAGCGAAGCCGUGGAGGGAUAUAAUGGUAUCUAUCAGUCUUCGACGAGCAGUGUCGGACGCAAUGGGACUGGCCAGCCUUCAAACGCCUGA